AUGCCGCCACGCCGAUCUAAAAGGAGAAAGACAGGCUCUGAUACAGCAGCCGGAGCUGACGAAACGCCUUCGUCUACGGUCAAUGGCAGCCAGGAUGGCUCUUCUACCCACAAGGAAAGUGGUGGCGACGUCAACUCCAAGAUCGAAGCUGAAGUCCGAGGGUCCGCACCCGAGCAGCCAGCAGUGCUGCCGGGAGAGGAGCAAACGGUGAUCCCUGCGAGCAACAACGAAGCCCACACUGACACGAUCAGCAACGCCAGCGAAGCACCCACCUUUGAUGACAUUGACCCGGCCGACCAUGCCGACCACCCGGCAAUCUUCGACGAGGAAGAAGUCCCGGACUACGACGCCGAUGUCAAGUCCAAAGAACACACGAGUGGCGGACGGCAACAGGGUGGCUUCAACGCCCUGAAAUCCUUCCACGGCCAGAUGUACACGGGCAUGGCCAUCGGCGGCUCGCACAAGUGGAACUACGACCAGGGAGUCUGGAACGAGACCAAGACCGAGCCGGACCUGUGGAAAAUCGACUUUGAGACGACCAAGAGACGGGCGCGGAAUGCUCCCAAGGGGAGUGGUGCGCCGGUGGGCACAGAGUAUCAUUGGCUUAUCGUUGCUCAUCAGCACGUCAAGAAGAUCGACGCAAACACGUACAGCACCCAUCUGGUCGGGUCAAAGUACAAGCUGGCGCACAAGAACGUCAACUCGACGUCGUGGUCGGUCCCGACGGUCAAAGCCCAGCGCGAGCGGGAGAUCGAAUUGCUCCAAGACGCCGAGCGCAGAGUGCUGGGCCUCCCGCCCGUGCUGGCGGCCGAGAAGGUCAAAGUGGACAAGGGCGCCGAGAAGGGCCAGCAGAAACUCGACUCUUUGUUUGCGAGGUCAGGAGGGGGUGUCAAGGUCAACGUCAAUGGGGGCGGUGACGGGGGGAAGAGGAAACGGGGUGAACGUGAGGACGGGGACGAGAUGUAA